UGAGACUGCCGUAAAACUUGCACUCGGGUACGAUCCUAAUUCUUCUGACCAGACAUAAAUAUGGUAUUUACGUCGGUGAUCAACUUUGUGCGCGCUCGAGGACCAGAUGAGUUCUGGCGUAAACGAAGGAUUUUUAAACUAGCUGCUCACUAUAUUGGACGCCGUCGAAACUGUUACUCUAUUGCAAUCCGCAACGUGAACAGGGCUCUGGUCUAUGCCACCAAAGGACGUGAGCUUAAAAAACAAGAUAUGCGUGAACUUUGGACUCAGCGAGUAAAUGCCGGCUGUGAACAGCAUGGGAUGCAGUUCGCUGAGUUUCAACAUGGGCUUUAUAGCAAUGAUAUCUUACUAAACAGGAAAGUUCUUGCGGAUUUGGCGAUUUGGGAGCCCAGAACAUUCGAAGCGCUUGCUAAAAUAAGUCAGCAAGUUCCUGGUGAUGGUAGUGGUGAAAAGUAGGUCGUCCAUGAAUAUAGCAUGUAUAAUAAAA